GACGAACUUACGGCCAACAGCAGCAGCAAAAGCAACAACAACAACAACGGCAACCGGCCCGUUUGGAGCAGCGCGCAUGCCACACACAGUUUAAAUAUGUGAAAUUAGUACAAAUCGUGAUUUCAACAGCGAACGACGAGCGGCGAACGAGCGUCGACGAAGUGGCGACAAAAAAAAAGCACGAGCGAGCAGCAGCAGCACUAGCAUUAGCCAGAGGCAACAACAGUGGCAGCCACAGCAGCAACAUAUGAUAGAAACCAGCAGCACAAGUCACCUCAGUAAAAAAAGAAACAAAGCACAAGUGAUAACAAUAACUGGAAUAUCGAGCGAUACAAGAAGAAAUCAGAAGAAACAACAACAGCUGAUGCCACAACUGCAACAUUAAGCGGUUGAAACAAUUACACCAACACUUAAACAAUAAUAAUAAAAAAAACACGAACAGUCACUGAAACUAAACUUUGCAACAACUAUAGUGUUCGUUGGUGUGCUCUCCCCAGUGGCAACAGCAACAACAACUCACAUCGCUGGCGGCAGCAAUAAAACAGCUGAUAGCAAUAGCAACAACAAAGCCUGGCAUUAUCAAGCAAGCAACAACAGGUCGCGAAAAAAAGAAGAAAAAACAAAAAGCCCGCCUGCUGCAGCACUCACAUAAACACACAGGCACACGCAAAUAGAAGAUUGGGCGUGUGUGAGAGAGAGAGGCAAAGUCGCACACCUUUGCGUUGAUUUUGGACGUCGCGACACGCUCAUUCAAGCUCUCUCUCUCCCUUGCCUUCUCUCUCUCUCGCACAAAGUGCAGCUGAGCUGCUGCCGCCUGCGCCGCCGCUGCCGUCGCCGCCGCACUUGCCGCUGCCACAAAUACAACACAGCCCAGCUGAACGAACGAACGCUCAACGCUCGCCGCCGCCGCCGCUGCCGCCAGUCGAAAGUCAAAAGCAACGUGUUGUGGACGCUUUUUUACGUCGCGUCGUUGCCCGUUGCGUUCUCUCUCUCUCACUCACUCCUUUUCCUAUCACCACCCACCAACCAACCAACCAACGGAUCGACCAACCAACAAACCACCCACCCAACAACAGCAACAACCCAAACACUAUCCUCCCCCCUCUUUGGCAGGCUGGGAAAACUUUCACCACAACAAAAACAACAACAACAAUGUCCAGCAGCGCAGCCGCAGCGCAGUUCAAGCUCGAUGCCAACUCCAAUGCCAUUGCUUUAAUAGCUGAUGUUGCCACGCUGCCACUCCCACUUUCGCCCACUGCAACAACAAUAGCAACAACACCAAUAGCAACACCAGUGGAUCGCGUUGAAUGGUCACGCUCAACGAUCCUGAACUUUAUCGAAGAUUAUCGGAGACAACGUGUCCUUUGGGAUCCAAAUACCAAAGGUUAUCACAUCAAGCAAACCAAAUACGAGGCACUCAAGCUCUUGAGCCAGAAAUAUGGAACGGAAAUCCGAUCGAUACGAUCGAAAAUCAAAUCCUUACGCAGCUCCUUUCAUCGGGAACAUGGCAAAGUCCUGAGUGGACGAGGUCGUGGCGUAAUCUAUCAACCCAUGUGGUUUGCCUACGAGGCCAUAAGAUUCAUUCUCGAUGGCGAACGGGAUCAGGAUCAUGGUCAGGAUCAAGAUCAAGAUGCUGAAACGGAAACGGAAGUAGAUGAAAAGCUAACACUAAUGCAUAGCUUGGAUUUGGAGCAACUUAAGGCGGAUAAACUGGUGGAUAGAGACAUUAUACUACAGGUGGAACAACAACAUCAGCAGCAGCAACAACACGAUGAGCUUACCGCUCGCAUUGCGGCCACUGUGGCCGCCGUUGCUGCUGCUGCAGCGGCAGCAAAUGCUCGGGAGCGGGAUGUGGAUACCGCUGGCGGUGAAUUGGAUAACGCUCGGGAAUUGGAACUCGAGGAGGCGGCGGCAGAGGGCGGUGGUGCUUUACUCGAAUCCUCCUCGGCGGCUGUGACACGUUCCUCUUCCGAUUUGGAUGGCGAGAAUUAUUGCAAUAUCAGCGCCGAAGAUGUGAAAACAGAAAUUAUCGAACACGAAUCGGAGCUGGGGAUGCUGGAUCGGCGGACGAGCACGCCGUCGCCCAUAAAUUACUACAAGCCGACGGAUCUAACGUACAACCACCGCAAACGCAAGGCGAUGGGCGUGGAGCACGUUGUGGGCGCCUUGACAUUGACGCCCAUCAAGACGGUGGGCGGUGGAACAGGCGGUUCCACUGGCCAUCAUCAUCAUCAGCAGCAGCAGCAGCAGAUGAACCACAACCAGCUCGCAUUUCAGGCGCUCCAGCAGCACUUUAACCACAAUCACAGUCUUAGCCUGAGCCACUGCAACGGGCAACCGCAACAGCAGCAGCAGCAGCAUCACCAUUCGUUGCAUCUGCAGCAGCAACAGCAACACCAACAACAUUCCAGUAACAUGGCACAAAAACGUGAUCGUGAUCGUGAUCUCUCAACGUCAAAUGGCAACGGCAACGGCAGUAACUGCAACAACAGCAGCGGCAGCAAUAUCGCCAGCCAAACCAGCAACACCUCACUGGACCCAACAGCAACAUCCAGCAAUUGCAGCUUGAGCAGUAAUAGUGGUGCCACGCCUCCAAAACUGCUUAACGGAGGCGGUGGUCUGAGUGCCAAUCAUGUAGAUGAAUAUGGAGUAUUCGGGGAAUAUGUGGCCAUAACCAUACGCAAACUGAAGACAUCCAAGUCGAAGAUAGUGGUGAAGCAUCUUAUCAAUAAUCUCCUGUACGAAGCUGAGUUGGGUAAAUAUGAUCAGGGGAUGCCGGCCAGCAAAGAGCCACCGCAAUUGUAUAAUAUGCAAUGAAAACUAGGAUCAGGAUUAUAUAUAUAGAGAGAAGAUAAAUCAACCCAAAAUAUAGACAAACUAUCGAAGGGGGGGGUAAUGAGACAACCAACGCACUAGUCAGCAAAGCAACAAUGGGUCAAAACCAGAGCCAACAAUUCUAAAAAAAAACAAAAAAGGGGAGGGCAGCGGGGGAUGUGUGUGAGCAUUUCAUUCAGGGACAAAGACCAUAUAAGUACUUUAUCUAUAUACAUUUAUAAAAAACAAAAAAAAACACAUAAACGUUAUCAGUGAGUGUUAAACGAAGUCAGUCAAAGUCAAAGGAAGUGGCAGUUGAAGUGGAAGGGGUGAAACAAACAUACCAUUAAUUAAAUUCAAUUAAUUAUUAAUAACGUUAACUGAUAUAUACAAAGUACGUAUAUAUUUUACGUUUAUAUAUAUAUAUAUAUAUAUAUAUUUUAUGAUUAUCGUUUUUUUGAUUUCACGAGCGUUAUAUAUUUUUGAUUUUCGUUUUAUAUUUUAUACUUUUAAUAUUUACAUUUGGCAAUAACACACUUUGAACUCAGGUGCCUUUAUUUUUUAUAGUCAAUUAAGCCUUGUUAUCUUUAUGCAUAAAAAGUGAAAUGCAAAAAAGUUUACAAUAAAUGAAGCCCUAACAACAUGUAAA